AUGCCCUCUCCCAUCUACUACCAAAUCCCCUCCACCACCCUCCCCCCCCCUUCUCCCCCCAUCCAUCCCCUCCUCCGCCUCGAACUCCGCGACCUCUCCUCCCCCGGCGCCCAACGCUUCCUCUCCACCCCGAACUGCGGUACCCUCCUUUCCACCUGCGUCUCCAGCGUCAUCUCCCACCUCUACACCCGGACGUGCGCCGUCCCGCCCACCCGCUCCGUCACUCUCAUCCUCCGCUCCAUGCCAGGCGUCGCCUACACCACUGGCACCGACCUCGACGCCGACCAUAAGGAGAUCCAUUUCUCCACGGACUAUAUCGCGGGGAUCUCCGAGGCGCGCAUCGAGGCGGAGAUCUGCGGCGUGGUGUGCCAUGAGAUGGUGCAUUGCUUUCAAUGGGACGCGCGGGGGACGGCGCCGGGGGGGUUGAUUGAGGGGGUGGCGGAUUGGGUGCGGUUGCGGUGUCGGUAUGUGCCGCCGCACUGGAAGCGGGAGGCGGAUGGGGAGUGGGACGCGGGGUAUCAGCAUACGGGGUAUUUUUUGGAGUAUUUGGAGGGGCGGUUUGGGGAGGGGAGUGUUAGGAGGGUGAAUGAGAAGUUGAAGGGGGAGGAUUAUGAGGAGGAGAGGUUUUGGGAGGGGUUGUUUGGGGAGGGGGUGGGGAGGCUGUGGGAGGAGUAUGGGAAGAGUAUGACGGAGGAGAGCGGGAAGGACUGUAAGGAGAGGGCUUAA